UGGUCGCAGUCGGUCAGUGUUGACAGAAGAGCAGCAUGAGACCUCUCUCUGCUCGGAUCAUGACAGCAUGGGGAUGUUUGGAGGAAAAUACUGUCUGACAGCUCACUGCGAGAAAAGAAACAUGUGGAGGACCUUAACUCUCACAUUGAUAGUUGUUCUGGCGCUGGGUACAGAGGUGUCUCUGACGGAGGAUGUGUGGUCCGUGGGGGCGGUGGAGAAGGAAUUGGAGAAGCAGCAGCAGAAUAUCAGCGAGAUAUCAAACAUACCAGGAGGAUCCCGACAACAGAUCCUGGCUGCUCAGUUUGAGUGCUACCUGAAGAUAAUCAAUGAUCCCCCACGGAAAGAAGAAGGAGUAUACUGUAACCGUACGUGGGAUGGCUGGCUGUGCUGGGGGGAUUCGGCUCCAGGGAUGUCCAUUCAGAUGUGUCCUGACUACUUUCUUGACUUUGAUCCUGCAGAGAAGGUAACCAAAGUGUGUGAUAGUAAAGGCAAAUGGUUCCGGCACCCAGAGAGCGACAGAGUCUGGUCGAACUACAGCCAGUGUUCGGCCCUCACCAAAGAAACCCACAAGCUGGUCUUCAGCCAGUACUACCUGGCCAUGGUGGGUCACUCCCUGUCUAUUGUCUCCCUCAUCAUCUCUCUGAUCAUCUUCUCCUACUUCAAGAGUCUCAGCUGCCAAAGAAUUUCCCUCCACAAGAACAUGUUUCUUUCCUUCAUCUUGAACUCCAUCGUCACGAUAAUCUGGCUCUCGCUAACUGUUGCUCUCGCUAACGACCAAGACAUACACAGCAGCAUCCAAGUGAGCUGUAAAAUCCUAGCAGUGCUGGCUCAGUAUACGGCCACUUCAACCUACUUCUGGAUGUUGUGUCAAGGCAUCUACCUCCACACUCUCAUCAUAGUGGCAGUGUUUGUUGGGGAACAGCCGCUCUUCUGGUACUAUGUCCUGGGAUGGGGAUUCCCUGUUUUUCCUGCCAUCAUUUACGCUGUGGGUCGUGGACUCUUCUACAAUGACAAGUGUUGGAUCAGCUCAAACACACACCUGGUCUAUAUCAUCCACGGGCCCAUUCAAGCUGCACUGCUUGUGAACUUUUUCUUCCUCCUGAACAUCGUCCGGGUCCUCAUCACCAAGCUGAAGCAGACUCACUGUGCUGAGUCUACCACCUACAUGAAGGCUGUGAGAGCCACUCUCAUCCUCAUCCCUCUGUUGGGAGUCCAGUACAUCCUCCUCCCCUGGAGGCCGGAGGCACACAUUAGCCGGGCCAUCUAUGACUUCUUUGUAAGUAUCUUCGGACACUUCCAGGGUCUCCUGGUGGCCAUUAUAUUCUGUUUCUGCAACGCUGAGGCGCAGAUGGCUCUGAAGAGGAAGUGGGCUCAGUGUAAAUCUGCCUGGGGUCACACACCCAUGACCAACAGCUACCACCACAACUCCUCCAUCACUGAAACCAGCCGUGCCACCAUUAACCUGGAGCAACCUGCUGCUGCAGCCUCUAUGCAACACAAAGACGGAAACUCUCUGUCCAAAGAGCAGCAGAUGAGCAGCAAGACGCGCAGCAACGGAGAGGUAGACACGCUCAACAAGCUGGAGACCACGGACAUCUGACUGAGAGAGCACAGAAGUGAUUGUUAAUGUGCCAAACACACACUGUGUCACUUACGUGUACAUACAGGAGAACAGAGAGAGUGUGUGAAGGUGAACUUUCAGAAUAUCAGUUUACUGAGCAGGGCUGUGUAUGUAAAGUUUGUACAGAGAUCUGAAAGCACUUAAAUAGCAUGUGAUAUUCACUCACACAUUUUGGACUUGUAUUUACAAAAGAAAAACAUGUUGUCCUGGCGUUAUUCUGUCAUCAUAGUGUAGUAAUGUUUUUUGUGAAUGUGCGAUUUGUUCCAGGGAUGAAGUCCACUUACUGUGUUUUAAGUAUUUUAUUUUUUAGAACACAUAAGAUGUAACAAACCGGCAUUUUGAUAUCAUGUAUGCAGGGCUAUGUGUUUGUGUAAUAAUCUGCCCUAUAAGCCUCUGAAGUCUUUACCAAGGCCUCACACCACUGCGACCAAUGAAUGUUACAGCACUAUGAUGUGAUCUGGACUUCAGAAAACCAGUUUCCCCGUUAGGUUAUUGAAUCAUUGUAAUGACAGAAUUUACACCCUGACUAAAGGCAGCCUUAUGGUGAACACAAAUUGCCUCUUGGAGGACAUUAAAGUAUUCUAAACUAAACAACUAUCCACAACAUGGCCCAAUACAGAUCACACCUUAAACACCUGAAUUGGAUGUAUUUAUUCAAACAACACUAGUUAAAAGAUAAGGAUAGAAACAAAACAACACAUACAAUCCCCGAGUGAAAGGCUGAGCUACAAGCUGUCCCCACCCCAAAAGCUCCUGUCCUCUGCAGGCAGCACUUGAGUUUUUAAACCCCCAAAACCAGGUGCUCCUACCUGCCAAACAUGGAUCUUAUCUGUGAGGUGAGAUAAAACAGAAUAAGAAAGGGACAAACAGACAGGGGAAACAUACAGCUGACACAACAGGGUGAAAGAAAAAGGUUGCGCAGUCAUGGUUAGGAUUGUGAUUUUCUGUAGGCAUGUAAGAGAAACAGGAUUUGACCACAGUCGGAGGAAGAAGGCGUGAACUUUAUAACAUGCAUCUCCUUUAUGAGAUCAUUUUUCAUUUAUUGUCCUGAGAAAAGAACACAAAAAGAACUUAUGGAAAUGUAUCAUUUCUUGCCCUACUGCUGAGUGAAUAACCCUUUGUGUAUAACUAAAAAUGAUCUAUAUAUACAUACAUAUAAACAUAGAUAUAUAAGGAUAAAGGGACAAUUGGUUGGUCAUUCUUUUUCAGUGUAACUAAAUGUUAAAGUUGUGAAAGGCAAGCUUGACAGAGGAACUACUGACUGAUGUUGUGAACCAAAGUUAAGUCCUACUUUUGCAAUGGUGCUCAGUAGAGAUCAUUAUCUGUCUACUUUGACUUUGUCUAAAUUCAUGUAGUUGGAGAAAGUUUGGUUACCUUUGCGCUACCUUAUCAUGUUUAUAAAAUUGUAAAUAAUUCUAAAAAAGACACACUUAAUGUCUGUGAAGUAUGAACUGUAAAUAAUCAACACUGUUUUCAAAAUGGAAAAGAAAGUUACACAAAAGCACACAUUUAGUUACUAGCAGCCUUAUCCUCCUGGGUUUCUUGAAAAUAAUCUAAAGAGAGGUGUUACAGGUUCUAAGAAAUUUAUUGUGGGGUGUAAAAAAACCUAAACAGACCUGAAAACAACAUUUCUAUAUGUUUCAAUGUGUCAGCCAUCUCUCGAAACCGGUAUUGUUUUUCAGUUUCACAGUUCUCGUGGUUUGUGCUCUGAGAUUUUUAGGGCUGUAAUGUUAAAAUCAUGUUUAAAAUUCUGUCUGAAAAAAAAAUAGCAAUGCUUUUUGACUGAAAACUGAAAAGUAGUUUUUUACCCUUAUUUUUACUGUUAAAUGAAUGAAAAAAAAAAAUUCUUUGUCAGCUAUGCUUGCACAAAUGAUCCGUUUACUAAAAUCAGACCUCAUCUGAACUUGGAAUGUACUCUGUUGAAAAAAGCUUGAGAUUGUUUUUGCUCAUUUACACUGCUCAUGCAAUUAAGUAGGAAAUUAAUCAGCAGCAAAAUGUACAUAUCAUAUCAAACCCGGGCAACACAAGAGCUAAGCAUGGUGUAUUUGUAAAGUGGACUUGAACUUGUUCUUUAUCUGAAUAGUGCUCAUACUUCCUGGAACUAAAUUAUGUGCUGAACAUUUACAACUCUGAUAAUUCAGACUGCAAGCCGAGCUUUGAGUACAAGAGAAUUACUGGUGCAGAGAUAAUGGAGCCGUGGAGUGCUGCAAUCUCAGUCUUUCUCUUCACUCAGUCCAUUAAAAACAUUACGCUGGGAGAUUGGAAAAUAAAAAAAGAACACAUAGAAAAGAUGUGAUUUGCAAAAUACUGUCCAAAUAGAAACAGAACAAUGCAUUUAGUAUUCCACUUUAUGUCCCUGUUGAACAUGGCUUUUGCAGACAAAACAAAACAACUAAGUGUAUACAUGGGUGUUUUUAAAGGCUUGCAAUGUAUGUAUGGUUAUAUUUUUCAUUCUGCACUGUUUUUACUGUGGCUGUCAAAAUGUGGUGUUUUCCUGUUUUCAAAGAUUGUACUUUAAUUGUAACCAUUUUUAAAUGCACAAAGUGCCACUUCAGAUAUUAGUCAUUAGUUUUUCCACUGUAAGUAUGCCAUGCUUGUAUGUACAUUGGCAGACAACAUUACCAGAACCCCUUAAUUUCAUUAGCCUUUUAUUGAGCUAGUCAUGUGUAUUUGUUUUGUUUUUUCAUCUUCGUGGGCAUACAGAUGUUCGAAUAUGUGUAUAGCAAGGUACACUUAUAUAAAAGGAGAAUAUGACACAGUUAUGAUAAUAAGAAUGAGGGGUGAGAGGACACUGAUACAAAGGAUUAAAUGUUGGGCAGGUAUCUAAACCUGUUCACUCUUCCCAAAAUAACAGCUUUCAUCGACGUAUUUAUGAAUACAUUUGAGAAACAUUCCAAUAAAAUAUCAUAAUUAAAUUAAAGUAAAUUUAACUGUAAAUAUAUUUUAACACAGCCAUUUAUGUGUGGAAAUAAAGUUGUUUGAACCUCAA